CGUUGGACCGACGAGAACGAACAGCUUCUCUGGAAGCUCAUCUUCGAAACCCAAACCAUCACACUCGACCUCGACAAGGUCUCUCAGGCAUGGCCCGGAGAUGACAAGCCCACCCCUAAGGCGAUCGAAAGACACUUGGACAAAUACCGCAAGAGCGGAAGUGGGGUCAGCUUCCAGAAAGGCCAGCAGAAGCGAGCC